AUGGUAAAACAGCAGCUCAGUUCCUUCUUUGGGCCUCAUCGUCUCUAUUUCGUUUGUGGCAAAGUAUAUAAGGAUUUGUCUUAUGCAAAUCAGAUUGUCCAUUGGUUCGUCCAACGAAAGCUGCCUGUGGUUCCGAUUACGCCCACUGGCGGUUAUGUAGAUCUGACAACUGACAGUCAGACGCGAAAUAGAUCCUCUUUGCGAAAAUUACCCAUCUACAAGAACGUGGCAGAAGGACUAGGGAGCUUCGCCGACAGAAGUGCCAUCGACGGUAUCAGCGUCUGCUUUGUCACACCACCAGCAAUUACCCUCUCAAUCUUGCAACAAUUGGACACGGUUCAAACCCCGAUAAAAAGCGUAUGGUUCCAACCGGGAUCGUGGGAUAUGCAAUGCGUCAACUGGGCAGAACAGGAACUAAAAAUCGAUGCUCCCCACAUUAUUAAUGAUUGCAUAUUGGUAAAUGGUGCUGCUUAUUUUGUUGGAAGCGAGCUUGGCUAA